AUGGGAUCCUCAGCUUCGAAGCGUCUCAAAGAUGUCGAGGACAAUUUGGAGGACAACUUCACGGACAACUUCAAGGACAACGUCAAGGACAACGUCAAGGACAACGUCAAGGACAACGUCAAGGACAAUGUCAAGGACGACGUCAAGGAGAACUUUGAAGGCAUUUACGAAGUAGACACACCGCCCACCGAGCGAAGAGAGCCACGCAUUCAACAAACGAAUCCACCACAUUGUUCUGAUGGCAGUUGA